AUGGCGGCUGCCAUCAUUGUGAACUUUCACCAGCAGAGGGUGAUUCCUCUCACGGAGAGGAGCCUACCGAUCUUCGGCCUCACCCCCGGGGUCCCGGCCUCGGGCUCGAGGAUGUCGAUGGUGCUGCUCCCCCGAGGCAUCGCAAAUGAUCUCUGGGAGAUUAAGAUGCGCCCCAAGCCGGGGUACCUUUCAGUGGGGGCGGUGAAGAAGUGGAAAGAGGCAGAGGAGGCGGCUGCCGACAGGAAGAGGAAGAGGAAAGAAAAGCACGACAAGGCAUGCAAAAUUGCUCACGCGGAGGCGAAGCUGCGGCCUGCUACACCCGAGUCCACGCAUGAGGAGGAGGACACCUCGGAUGCCGAGGUCAACCUCCCAGGUGAUGACGAGGCGGCGACAGGCGAGGAUUCUCCGCCGGUCUAUCAAGGGGCUGGCGACGAGGACGCGUCAGUGAUGCUGCGUGAGGCGAGGCCCACACCGGGGUUGUUGAUGGACCCGCCCCUCGCGGGGGUGGAGCGGAGGUCGCCCACGCCGGCGGCGGCCGGAAGAUCGUCUACGCCCAUGACAGAGCGGAGGUCGCCCCUGCCGGCGACGGGUGAGGGGACGCCCGCGCAGACGGCCUCGAGGCUCCAAGCCGAUCCGAGGAUGACACCCUUGGAUCAGUCGUCGAGGGGCGUCAAUGUGCCGCGGGCCCGAAGGAGUGGCACGGUCAAACGCACCUUUUCUUCCCUGAUUUCCCGCUCCGGGGCCGUCACCAAGGAUGCAGCCUCGCUCGCGCCGGCCAAAGCCCUCAAGACCGUGGCACGCGCCACGCCGCACACGGCGCCGCAGCCCCCGCUCGUCGUAGAUAUUGUGGCGACGGCCGCGAAGCUGCGGGAGGCGAUGCCUCGAGGGGCCCAAGCGGCCCAACAGGCUCGAGCGCCGGGGAAUGGGGGCAAUGCCAGCCAGAGUGGCGUUGAAGCAGCCACUCAGGCUGACGCCAUGGGGGAGGCCGGCCGGGGUGGCGCAGAUGACGCUACCCGGCCGGACGUCGAAGUCAAGGUCGGUCGGAGUGACGCGGAUAGCGUCGCUCAGCCGGUCGCAGAAGAAGGAGCUGGUGGGGACGCGCAGGAGCACCCCUCUAGCUAA